GGAGAACGUGAAUGCAGCGUCAUUUGACGUCAGAUCCGCAGGACAGCGCGGGAAAUUCAGCCCCCGAAUUGCAGCACACAGCCUGUUCAAGGCAAUGGAGAGAUACCCUAGAGGGCUCAUUCGUUUUGGUUUGGAACGCUUCAUCUGACAUUAUUACUAGAAAACUUAAAACGUAUACGAAUUUUUUUCAUAAAUCCUGUCUCAAUCCUGCCUCAUGCUCCUUUAAGUAUACUUUUUAGUAUAUACUUUUUAGUAUGGCAUUUCGGAAGCACCGCUAGUGUCCAUCAAUCCACACUAAUACAUUUCUCCGGAAUGAGUAUGGAUAGCGCAUACUAUUGAGUACGUACAAAUGUUUUGGACGCACUAAAAAAUAUACUGUUUUUGCAUACUCAUUAGGGUGGAAGUAUGCAAUUUCGGACGCAGUCUUUUAUUUUGAAAUAUGGUUUAGCCAAAACAGGAAGUGGCGUGUUUCCGGGGUAUAGUAUCAAAAGUUGCACGUUCAAGUGAAUUAGUUUGAAUCGUGAGAUUUAAGCAGGUUCAACACUUUCCUGAUUCUUACCUCACAACGUCUGGGUGAUUUCCACGUGGCUGAGUUUUGAUUGUGGCAGUUGCACGGCAGGUUCUGGUACAGUGAGGUUAAUCUAAGAACCGGUUCCUGCAGCAGAAGCAGCUGUUAUGGCCGUGGACUGGAGCGGCCUCUGCUAUGCUGCGCUGCUGGCAGCAGGAGGAGUGAUGGGUUACGUGAAAGCAGGUAGCGUCACCUCUCUGGCUGCAGGGCUCCUGUUUGGCCUGUUGGCUGCAGUUGGUGCUUAUCUGGCAUCUCAGAAUCCCAAGAAUGUGUGGCUUUCUUUAGGCACUGCAGGAACAUUGUUAGUCGUGAUGGGCCUGAGAUUUCUCAGCUCCUGGAAGUUCAUGCCGGCUGGUUUAAUGGCUUUACUAAGUGGACUGAUGGUGGCGAAGAUCAUCGCUGGACUGCUGAGGACAAGACCACACAAAUCCUGAACAUAUUUAUAUAUAUCUUUUCAAAGCUUAGAGUAUAAAACCUGAAUCCACUCCUAGCUGUUCCGUUUUUUCCAUAUUGGUCUAGAAUAAAUAGAUAAAAAUGUAAUUAUUUUUUUUAGGAUGAGGCUCAUUGGUAACAAAUCUGACAUAAGAAAAUCCCUGCCUCAGAAUACAGUGCAGAUGUUCAGUUAAAUGUUUUUUCAUUGUUUGAAAAUCAUCUGAUAUUAAGUUUACAAUUCAAUGGACAAAUGCACAAACAUUCCUGCUGCAUUGUAGUAAAAGUUUACUUUUUUGCUGAAUCAUGUUUUAUACAGAAAUGACCAAACUAUUUGCUAUUUUUUUCUGCUGCUACUAUUUGAAAUAAAAUGUAAAAAAAUCUCCACACUAAAUAUAAAAAU